UUAGAUGAGCCUAAUGGACAGCACAAUUUGGCAUAUUCAGAAGGCUUACGUCUUCUAAACGGUCUUCCCCUCCUAAGCGAAGAGGGUCAAGAAUGGAUACAAUCCAAGGCUGGCUCCAGGUUACCACCUACAGUUAUUAACAAAUUUCGACUCCCCUGGCAAAAUUGUUACACCACAAUUUCUUCUCCUGAAUCAAAGAAAAUCCAAGUUAACGAUUUAAGGAAUUUGCAACUUCCCGCUCGCAAGGCUGUCGCGACUUUAGCUACCGUGUUUUGCUCGACUAUUCAGUCUCUAAUCUUUCCAGUCUUGAGUCAUGACCUCUUUGUGGGAGGAACGCUCGAUCUUGCUUAUCAAAAAACCGGGAUCGAACAACCCGGAGCAGACAGUGCCGGGGCUUGUGUGCAUGCUUUGCUGGCUAUGAUCUCUGUUUUUGGCCACGAGUCUGACAACGAGGCGCCAAAUCGAUGGGUUACCCCCCAAAAGCAUGCUUUGGAAGCCGAAGCAUAUCUCCCCUCAAUAUUGCGGGAAAUGACAGUCAACGGCCUCGAAGCUUUAAUGAUGCUAACUGUAUAUAAAUAUUUUAUGGGUGACUUGCAAUCCGCAUCCAUUCUCGUUUCCGCGAGUUCCCGUCUCAUAUACAGACUUGGGGCUCACAUCCCUCCAACACCUUCUCACCCAUACGACAAAAGAAUCCCCCUGCACCACAUACGGGAUCUUUUCUGGGUUUGUUAUUCCUUUGAUAAGGAUUUAGCCCACAGGCUAGGUCAGCCGCCGAUUAUCAAUGAUGAUUACUGCGACUUGACGUUACCGCCCGACUAUGUCCAAAUGCAAAGUUUCAACAUUCAAGGCUCCAAUAUUUUAGCAGUAUCUGAAAGCACUAUUGUACCGCUUUAUCCAUGGGAUCUUCGCCUUUCUACUAUCAAGUCCAGGGUUAGUGGCGCUCUUCACUCGGUAAAUGCCUCGAAGCAGCCGCAGACGGAAAUUCUGAGAAGAAUCCGAUGCCUGGAUGAAGAGCUAGAGGAUUGGCGUCUUUCAUUGCCUGUUGAUCAUCGUCCGACACUAUCAUUCUUGAAAAGGACGCCCGUUGAUAUCCAUAUGAAUACGCAAGCAGUAAUGCUUCGUCUGGCGUAUCAUCACUGUGUUAUUCUUAUUCAUCAAGCACGGAGUAGGAUAUUAGAAUUGACCUCGCUCAUGUCGACUGGGGUCAGUGGAGAACGCGAUGUGGAUAUUAGUCUCAUGAUGGACGCCUCAAAGUCUACGUUGUUAUAUUUACAGAAAGCAUUGCCAGUGGUGGCACAUGAAUGUUUCUGGGUUAUUAUAUUCUAUCCAUUGACAGCUAUCUUUACGAUAUUCUUCGGCGCGCUUUCUAAUCCGUUGAUGGUUUCGGUGACUGAAGACUUGGAACUUUUGCAAAACUUUCCUCGUGUCCUUCGACAAAUUCCCAUCCGCACGUUGACUAUUGCUGAGAUAGCUCAGCUGGAAUUUCUUGACGAGCUGGUGGUCGCGUUAGGUGAAUUAUCACUAGCUGCAGUCCAGAAAGCUACGCACAGUGUGUCU